AUGGCUGCCGGUGGAGACGUAGGAAAGCUGUUACAAGUACAGAAUGGGACUCCUGCAAGCACAAGCUAUAACGGAGUAGACGCCCUGCACGCCUGCACCAUCCUCCAGCAGCUCAAAGCCCUGUAUGAUGAAGCGCAGCUGACCGACAUCGUCGUGGAGGUGGACCAUGGCAAGACCUUCUCCUGUCACAGAAAUGUGCUUGCUGCCAUCAGCCCUUACUUCAGAUCCAUGUUCACCAGUGGCCUUACAGAGAGCAGCCAGCGCGAGGUGCGAAUCGUUGGUGUUGAGUCAGAGUCCAUGCGCCUGGUUCUGGACUACGCCUACACCUCACGGGUCACCUUGUCCGAGUCCAACGUGCAGGCCCUGUUCACAGCGGCCAGCAUCUUCCAGAUCCCGGCGUUGCAGGACCAGUGCGCCCACUUCAUGAUCAGCCGACUGGACCCUCAGAACUGCAUAGGGGUAUUCAUGUUUGCCGACGCCUAUGGGCACCAGGAGCUGCGGGAGCGCUCACAGGACUACAUCCGCAAGAAGUUCCUGUGCGUGAUGGGCGAGCAGGAGUUCUUGCAGCUGACCAAGGAGCAGCUGGUCAGCAUCCUCAACAACGAUGACCUCAAUGUGGAGAAGGAGGAGCACGUGUACGAGAGCAUCGUGCGCUGGCUGGAGCACGACCGGUCGCGCCGCGAGGCUGAUCUACCAGAGGUCUUCGCCGAGUGCAUCCGUCUGCCGCUGCUGGAUGAGGCUUUUCUGAGCCACAUCCCUCCCGCCUUCGCCCUGGCUCUGUCCAAAGAACCUGCGGACAAAGGGCGACUGAACGGCACCAGUGGCUGCCCGCAGCGCCUCGGCAUGACCGCAUCCGAGAUGAUCAUCUGCUUUGAUGCGGCGCACAAACACUCAGGGAAGAAGCAGACGGUGCCUUGCCUGGACACCGCCACAGGGAAGGUCUACAAACUCUGCAAGCCGCCCAAUGACCUCCGCGAGGUCGGCAUCGUUGUCACAUCUGAGAACGACAUCUUCAUUGCUGGCGGAUACCGGCCAAGCAACAGCGAGGUGUCCAUCGAUCACCGGGCAGAAAGCGAUUUCUGGCAGUAUGAGCAUGCAGGAAACCGCUGGUUACCCCGCUCCCCCAUGUUGCGAGCGCGGAUCGGCUGCAGGCUGGUGCACUGCUGUGGCAAACUGUAUGCCCUCGGAGGACGUGUAUAUGAAGGGGACGGACGAAAUGCACUGAAAUCAGUCGAGUGCUACGACGCCAGGGACAACUGCUGGACCGCUGUUAGCCCAAUGCCUAUUGCCAUGGAGUUCCACAGUGCCAUAGAGUAUAAGGAUCGUAUCUAUGUGCUCCAAGGCGAAUACUUCUUUUGUUUUGACCCUCGCAAAGACUACUGGGGCCACCUGGCCCCCAUGAGCGUCCCUCGCAGCCAAGGCCUGGCGGCACUGCACAAGAACCACAUCUACUACAUCGCGGGGAUCUGCCGCAACCACCAGCGCACCUUCACCGUGGAGGUGUACGACAUCGAGCAGAACAGCUGGAGCCGUCGGAGGGACCUGCCCUUCGAGCAGGCAGCCAGCCCCUACAUCAAGGCGCUGCUGCUGGGCGGCCGGCUGCACCUGUUUGUCCGCGCCACGCAGGUGAUGGUGGAGGAGCACGUGUUCCGCACCAGCCGCAAGAACUCCCUCUACCAAUACGAGGAAGAGGCUGACCGCUGGACCAAAGUCUACGAGACGCCCGAUCGCCUCUGGGACCUCGGCCGUCAUUUUGAGUGCGUGGUGGCCAAGCUGUAUCCUCAGUGUCUUCAGAAAGUGCUGUGAGCGGAGGAUGAGGAAGCAGGGAGUUUUUUGGUUCGUGUUUGUGUUUGUUUUUUUUUUUCUUUCUUUCUUUUCGGGUGUAAAAGGGGUGCCCCUUUGCCCCCUCACAUAUGGUGCUGUCCAAACACGCAAGAACCCACCGAAGGGGUGAAGUCUUAAACAAAACAAUACAAAAAAAACCGCGGCGACGCUUUCGAUCGAGGGCUAAUCAGAAAGACGGCAGUAUUUUAACCUUCGAGAGACGAGCACAAAGUGCCCUCGCCGUUGCUUGUUUUACAGUCGAAACAAAACGAAUUAAGUGCAAUUAUCAUGCUGUUCGCAAGCGUUUGUUGAGCCAUGUUCUUUUUUCCUUUGCUUAUAUCUUUAUGGCAUAAGUUAGGGAUUUGAUUUUAUUGUUGCUGUUUGUUUUUCUUUUUCUUUUCCUUUUUCCUUUUGUUGGUUUGUUGGCAUGCAGUGUUGGGACAGAGUAGCUGAUGUUGAUGUCCUUGUUUUAUUUUAAUAUUAUUAUUUUUUAGAAAGGACGAGCAGUUUGUCAGCAUCGGAAAUAUGAAAACAAAGUAAUAAAUAUAUAAAUAGCUAUAUAUUCAUACGGGUAUGGUGGGCCGAGGUGCCCACCGUUUGGGUAGCUAGGUCUGAAGAUUAAGUUGUUUGUCGUUUUUCUUUCUUUCUUUCUUGCCACCUGUGGAGAGAUUCUCUCUUUUUGUUUGUUUGUUUGAUUAUUUAGUAGUUAGGUAAUGGUCAGUUUAGGUUAGUUUAAUUGCCAAGAUGCUUAGGUGGCUUUUUUUUUUAAUAACUUUUGUAGUUUUGCUUUGUAACAUGUCAACCCGUAUGCUUUUUGAAGCCGCUGCAGUUUAUACGUUUCGUUUUUGGUUCUGCUUUUAACAUCGUGUUGAGCUCAGCUGCCCAACAGAAGUCUUUAUCGGUGUCCAUAGAGCUUUUGCUUUUGUGUGUUCUUUGCUUUGUCACGCUAAAGCAACUCACCAGCUAAACCUUCUUGAGUUGAAUCAAGUGUGCAAGAACAGGAAAAAACACUGAACUGUGCAGUGCUGGUAUCCAAGGAGCACUAGUAUAGGCUACAGAUGUAUACCUGGAUAUAAACUCACCCUUAGCUGUAUCUUUGCAAUUUUGUGUCACCAGCUACAUCUUUAGUGAGGUCACAAUGUUGUACUUGGUCUCCAUAUUGGAGAGAAGACGGAGCAGAUCCAGUGUCGUAUACUGCGGAGUCCAUGGGUUUGGGAGCUAACUUGGAAAUUGAAUUUGAGGGAAGGUUUUCGGAUGCAGUUCUGGGGGCGCGCUGGCCUGAAUUCUCAUGCUUUAACUUUGGUAAAAUGUUUGAGAAUUGGCUGAUCACUUGGGUCCAGCGGGUUAACGCUGGUUUUAGUCGCUUCUGUCCGGUAGUGGUGGGCGAUAUGGCAGAAAUAUAACAUCAUGAAACGUAGAAAUUUUCAUGAUUCGUGCUAAAAAAACCCCAAAAAACGACCAAACCAUGAAUACAGUGGUACAUGAAUACAGUACUGCACUUCACCAAAUCCAAUUAAGCAAAGCUCAUUAUUCUCUACUUAUAAUGCUGCAUGCACUCGGUCAGUGUCCUUUAAGGACUGACUAUCUCGGAAAAGCAAAUACGCUGAAAAGCUUAUUGCUGCUGAAAAACCUGUUGCUGCUGCUGGAACAAAACCUUGUAUCUCCAUUAUGAUAACUACAGGAGAAGGGGGGAAAAAACAAAACAAAAAAAAAACACUUUUUAA